AUGAGUUACCAAAGCAUCGCCCGUGACGAUGAAGAGCCUUCUCGUUGGCGGCCGUCGAAUAACUCUCGAUAUCAAGCCGUCCCCGACGGCGAGGCCUCCCCUUCGACGCGCCAUAGGCGACAACAGAGCAGCCGUACAAAGCGUGCAUCGACAUCGAACCGACGCUCCUCCCGCCGUCGCAAUUCUCAAGCCAGCGAUGCGUCCGACGGUAUGGUAGCCCCGCUAAGAAUCAUAAAAUCACGGUCUUCCGAGCUGCAGGCAACGGAUCAGCCGUCUGCAAAUCAAUCCACGCAUCCUGCGGGAUACCAUGCCAUCGAGCCAGAAGAGGACCCAACAGUGCGUUUUGACGAGGCUCAAUUAGCAAUGUUCGCCGCCGAUAACGCUUCCCGCAUCCCCAACAUCAAAGAUGAGUUGGCUUUGGCGGCGGGAAAAGUCACUCCCGGAGUCGACGAUACGCCGUACAUUCAAUAUGCUUUGCAAGCUCUGGUAGGCGGUCAGAGCGCAUCGAUACCGUCACAUCUCGUAUCCAGUUCGUCUGACGGGUAUUCCGAACGCUAUGAGCCGAUGCGCGGAUUUGAUGAGUCCGCGGGAUACUCUUCACCAACCCGUCAAGAUCGCAUAACGAGUGAAACUACCCCAUCAGCUCCCCUCAGGGGCCCUUCUCCCCCUCUUCAGCUCCCUCGACGCAGCACAGCUUCCUUUGACCCAACCGGAGCAAGCUCAUCACGAUGGAUUCCUGUUUCAAGCAAUAUGCUAUUGGAUCUUGACCCCCAUGGCAGAACGCAUCAACCACUCGCUGCCAAGCCGAACAUUUUACGGGCAUUCUCCAUGUUGCUCUUGGUUGUACUAAUCUUACUCAUGCUGGCUGCCCUCGCUUUCUGCGACAGAUACUCGACCUUUCACUCAGGGUUGACUCCGUAUACGGGCAGCAUAUACUCGGGCCAGUAUUUUGUGUUCAGGAUAUUGCCACAGCUAUUGGCCAGCAUCAUUUUCAUAUAUGCUCAAAGCAUAGUAACAGCCUGCCUACGAGUUUUACCGUUUACAGCAAUGGCCAGUGAGGACCCUCGAGUCAGAUAUCUUGGUCUGUUUCAGAGACUUUACCCUGCUUCAUUUCUACUGCCUCAAUUCACUGGACCCUGGCAGUUUAAUAUUUUCGAUUUCGUAGCAUGGCUGGCUAUAUUUACGAUUCCUCUGCAAAGCUCAGCUUUUACGGUUAUAUAUGUCAAUGGCAAGUGGGUUUGGGCGCCAGUUCAGAUUGUCGUUUGGGUCCUUGUCGGCCUGUAUGGCGUCCUGUGCCUCGCGACAGUGGUUCUGAUGGCUUAUUGGCUCCUCCAAUGGACUGGCCUUGCCUGGGACAUUCGGUCGAUUGGAGAUCUUUUGCCGUUACUAAACCGCAGCAACGUCAUGCAUAGCUAUAGACGCAACGAUCUUGCUGAGAACGCCAAGGUGUUUAAGAGCCAAUUGCGCGAGAGAUGGUUUGAUCGGCUGGGGUACUGGAGAGCUGAGGAUGCGACCAUGGGAGGUAUUUGGUAUGCCAUUGGAGGCUCGCCCGAUGAAUCUUUUGAGUCUGUCUCUGGUCCGAUGAGCAAAAAGGUUAGCAACGACUUUUCCAUCGACCUGAAAGCGGCGCAAAAUUCUACUCUUGGGGCUCCUCGUGGCAGAUACCUACCGAUACACCUCCGUAGCGGUCCCAUCAUUGCGUCGGCUGCAGCCAGCUUUGUUCUGUUAGUAGCUCUACUCAUCGUCUCCUUCUUGCCGCAAACUCGGCUGGAGGAUGGCUUCCUACCGAGGCUGAGCGCAAUGCCUGACGACAACGCCUUUUCCCCUGCCAACUUUCUCUACAGCUUCGUGCCUGCUGUGAUUGGCAUAAUUCUCUAUUUGUAUUUCCAAGGAAUCGAUCAGUCGCUGCGCAUUCUCCAGCCCUGGGCCGACUUAUAUGAUGUGAACGGUUCUUUGGCGCAGAGAUCGCUUUUGGCAGACUAUGCAGCUUGCCUCCCCUUCCAGUCAACAUGGAGAGCGCUGAGAAAUGGACACUGGAGGGUAGCGGCAGUGUCGCUGUUGGCAACGCUAUUUAUUUUCAUCCCAAUUCUAGGCGGCGGGCUCUUUAUGGCUUUAACAAGGCCUGAUCAAACGGUCCGAAUGUAUCCCAGCAUGCCAGUGUUUGGCGUCCUGAUCGCAUUCCUGUUCCUCUACGUUGGCGGGCUUUCCCUGAUGGUGCCCCACCGCCGCCAAUUCCUACUCCCGCGGCCAGUAAAUUCGAUUGCUGGAAUUAUCAGUCUCUGUUCUGCUGAGGAGCUUACCCAAGACGCCGCGUUUCGAUCCGUUCGAGGACGGAAAGAUCUUGCAAGCCGGCUUGGUGUGGGACGCGACGACGCCCGGGAGGAAAGUACGUGGUUCUUUGGCAUUGUGCCAGGGAAAGACGAGCACCGACUGAGCGUGCGGCGUAUGAACAACUUUUCAGAAAAGCUGCCAAGAUCUUCUAGAUCCAUGGCGUGA